UAAAUAAAGGUGUGCAAUUUUCUUGCCUUCACUCAGUUCUUUCACUCGUCAAUCUUGCGCUCCACCAAACUAAUCUAAAAUGGUGUUCGAAACAAUCGGCAAGUUCCAACUGGUCAACGGAGAUGAAGACAACUUUGACAAAAUCAUGCAAGCCGUCGGUGUGCCUGAGGACAAACGCCAGCGAAGCCGCAAUUUGAAGCCCAUCAUGGAAUUCUCUCACGAUGGCGAUCAAUACAAAGUGACUGGAUCGGCCGAAGGCAUUGCCGAACGCACCAAGGAAUUCGUUUUGGGCGUUGAGAAAGAUGAUGUCACCAUCGACGGACGCAAAGUCAAGAGCACUCACAAGCGUGAUGGUAAAGUGAUGGUCCAAACUGAGAUCCAGGAAAAUGGCAUGGUUGUCGUUUACCAUCGUGAGGUCAAGGGAGACGAGUUGCAUGUGAAAGUCACUUGCGGAGACCUGGUCGCUAAUCGCGUCUACAAGAAAUUGUAAUGCAAUUUGGACGACGAAAACUGUUGACUUAACAACAAUUGUCGACAAUGAUUGUACAUCUAAUAGAACGUCAGUGGUUAUUAUUGCUAAUAAAUCAUUGCGCUUUAAAUAA